AUGCCAACCGCCAAAUCCUCCACACCUUUCUAUCUCAGGACCGACAUCCCGCACGAUUGUUUCAAGUUCUCAAUGUCUAAUAACAUGGAAGAACACGAGCUCGAGCCUAUCACACACGAGCGAUUCCAGGGAAACCUCGACUUCGAACCUCAUGGCCAGGAGGCUGCUGCUCUUCCUCCCGCUGAUAGCGGUCGCCAGGCGUGGACCUUUCUUGCCGUAUGCUUCCUGCUCGAGGCCACCGUCUGGGGCUUCCCUUUUGCCUUUGGUGUCUUCCAAAAGUACUACGCUAGCGCGGAGUUGUUCAAGGAUGACUCAAAAGGCAUUGCUGCAAUCGGUACCACAGCAACGGGUAUCAUGUACUUCGCUUCACCACUGGUCAUAGGCUUCACAAGUACCUUUCCCCACCGUGUACGAGGCUUCAGUGCGGUCGGGCUCUCUCUCCUGUUGCUGGGGCUGGUCUGCGCGUCCUGCGCGAACAGCGUCUGGCAGCUUAUCCUCACGCAAGGUGUGCUCUAUGGGAUCGGAGGAAGUCUUCUUUACCUUCCAUCUAUCGUCUACCUGGACGAAUGGUUCAUUCGGCGCAAAGGCCUUGCUUUCGGUAUCAUGUGGGCGGGCACUGGCACCAGCGGCAUGCUCGUCCCGCUCCUUAUGACCUGGCUCUUGGAAGAUUACGGCUUCCGCACCGCCCUCCGCGUCUGGGCCAUCAUCUCCGCCAUCUUGCUUUUUCCCUGUCUCAUCUUCCUCAAGGGGCGUCUGCCCGUGCAACGACCCGCUGUGGGCGUCAGACUACGUCGUCGCCUCGAUCUUAACUUCUGCAAGACAGGCAUGUUCUGCGUUCUCAUGACUGGAAACGUCAUCCAAGGCCUUGGCUACUUCAUUCCCUCCAUUUACCUCCCCUCCUAUGCGAAGGCCAUCGGACUAUCCAACGAAGCGUCUUCGCUUACCAUCUCGCUGAUCAACGCCGCAGCCGUCGUUGGUACCAUCGCGGUUGGUGCACUUGUCGACCGCGUGGAGAUCAACACCGCUAUCAUGAUCACUUCUGUUGGCGCAACGGUGGCGUGUCUCCUAGUAUGGGGCCUAUCGACUUCACUCGCGCCGCUGUACGUUUUUGCCAUCAUGUACGGCGCUUUCGCAGGAGGCUAUACAGCGACAUGGCCAGGUAUUACCCUCGCCAUCCGCGAGCGAUGCAGGGACGAGAACGGUGUUAGCCGAGUUGACACGGGCAUGGUAGUCGCGCUGUUUGCGGCGGGAAAGGGCAUUGGAUCAGUAGUUAGUGGGCCGUUGAGUGAGGUGUUGCUUGAGGCUGAUAGUUGGCGGGGCAAGGCUGGAGGCGCGUUUGGGACGGGGUACGGGAGCUUGGUUGUGUGGAGUGGAGUGACUAUGUUCUUGGGCGGGAUUAGCUGGUUUGCGAAGCGGUUUGGGAGGAUUUAA